GCUUCCUUGCCGAUCCUUCUGUUCUGAUACUGGUUCUCAUGCAUGUUUCAUUCUGCCCAGGUGUCAGCAAUGUUCAUCCUACUUCCCCAGCCACAUUGCCAACCAACCAUUUAGAAGCCAGCUCUUCCCACUACCUCAACCCUGCCCAGCCCCUCUCUCCUCUGAGGGGCACCAUAGGACUGGGCAGAAUCCUCGAGCCUGGGUACUUGGGCAGCAGAGGCCAGUGGGACAUGAUGAGGCCUCAGAAAGGGAGCAUAUCUGGGGAACCAUCUUCAGGCUCCCCCAUGUACCAGCUUAACUCCAAACCCACAGGGACUGACCUGCUAGAGGAGCACCUUGGUGAAAUCCGGAACCUGCGCCAGCGCCUGGAGGAGUCCAUCUGCAUUAACGACCGCCUGCGGGAGCAGCUGGAACACAGGCUCAGCUCCACUGCCCGCGGAAGCGGACCCACCUCUAACUUCUACAGUCCAGGCCUGGAGUCCACACCUCAGCUCUGCAAUGAGAACAGAGUCCUUAGGGAAGAAAACCAGAGGCUUCAGGCUCAGCUCAGUCAUGCUUCCAGAGCUGCAACACCAGAGAAACAGCCCAUAGACAGUGACAGAAACAACGUUCAACAGAUACAGAAUCUUACAAGUCCUAAACAAAGGUCCUGGAGCGACGCUCCACAGUGUUCGGCAAACAGCAGGCAGAACAAGGCAGCAAUCUUCACUACUCGGUGA